AAGUCAACAUGGGGAAUUACGGCGUUGUAUAUUCUUCGUGUACAUAUUCCUCUGGCUGUGACCUUUUUGUGCUACAUUGCGAUAUUGACGGGAAUGGCCUUAGCGCGUCACAGAAACGUUAUCGGUUGGACUACACCGACGCCGGGCACUGUAGAGCCAUUAAGUCCUACGGGACUGCCGUUGCCGGUGUCCGCUCGUUUGAAGCGGCUGCGCCUGGCGCAGAUGCUGUUUGUAUCGUCGAUUUGGUAUUUGGCUUGUUAUACUCCCCACACGUGGAUUUCAUCGCAGUAUCCUGUGCUGUUUGUUAAGCAUCCCGUUGUGCAGUUCUGGAUGCGGACCGUGUAUUUUUGCGGGAUUGCCGGAACGCCGAUGGUUUUCUUGAUAAUGUCACGUGACUACCGGAAGCGAGUGAAAGUUCUCAUCCGCUCAAUUUGCGCUCAGUUUGUUUCCAAGUAAAUGAGACGCUUUCCAACCUCAAGCGCUGCUAUGGAAAAGAAACG